AUGACGCGCCUGCAUGAGGGCAGCAUUUAUGCGCGUCUGGCAAUCCUUCAGUGGGCGGCAGCGAUUUUUCACAGGGAAUAUGGUGUCUUUGGUGAUAUUUCAGCGAGCGACAUCGCGGUUCUUCUGCAUGCGAUCUUUAACACCCCAUGUAAGGGCGACUCAGUGAUCACUGGGAAGUCGGCUGUGGUCUCCGUGCACGACAUUCAGUUUUGCGAGAACCCAACCCCCACGACACUGUUCCUCAACGCGAAGCGUGUGCUUUCCCUCGUGCAGACUCUUAGUUCCUGCGCUGUUGAUGGCAACAGCGACAAGAACGUGGCUGACAGUUGUUGCGGGGUUGGUGGUGGUGGCUGCCGGCCGCUGCCCCCGCUGCCCCCGCCGGCCGUUGGCAACAUGACGGUCUCUGCAUGGAUGGAAGGCAAGGCGUUUGUGGAGGAGUUGAAAAUGUGGCGUUGGAUCCGUGCCGAGGCGUUUCGGCGUGGACUUGAGAUAGAAGAACUAGAGCGCAGAGUGCAAGCCUUUCUCCGUGGCGCAGUGGAAUCUGGCAAGCCGCCGCUGCCUCACGCAGGUACGGUAGUGGAAUCAGUUGGGCGGUUGCUGGGGGCUGAUAGUGGUCUCCCAGCUGACGUGGUCAAGAAAAACGCCGUCUCGCCACGGAAGCGGUCACGUGAGACGGAGGAGGUUUCCACCAAUGCUUCUGGGUCUGCUCUACCCCCAGAUGAUGGUGGCAACAACCAUGUGCGAGUGCUGACCGCCACAAACGCGCCAACCGCGGACGGGUGUGAAGAAGGCGUCAGGAACCUCCUGCGCACUGGCGGUGUCGCCCAGAGUGCAGGAAGAGAUGGGGAGGUGAUCGUCAUUACUCAGAGGCAUGUUGACGUAGCGAGGGAACUUCAGGAGGAAGCAGCAACAUUGUCUCAUUUGACGUGUGACGGGGUUACCAUUGCGCCGAGGCUUCUCAACGUCCUUGAGGAGGUCAAGAAGGAGCUUGCAGAGCGAAGGCUGGUGGCAGAAGUUGCUGCUUCUGCAGCUAGCAGUAAAAAUACAGGAUCCGUCACCACGGCGCAGCGUCGAAGUGGGCCUCAUGUGGGUGAUGAAACGCACAGCAGUGGGAUUCCACACGUUGGGUGUUCGUCUUGUCCUGCCGUCUUUACGGAGGCGUUGCAGCAGAACUACAAAGCCAUUGCACGACUAGAGGCAGCGCGAGAGAUGGCUGUUGCUGCAUGUCUUAAGAGGGACGCAGCGGGCCUUUUAGAGGCUCUGUCAUUUGUUUGA